UGCCUAAGAGGCUACUUUAUUCACAUAUAAACACAUUCACAGAUGUGUCUACACGCUUAGUGUUCUACCUCCAUUACCACAGCCUGGUGCAGCCUUAGAGAUCACUGACUGGAGUGUUAAAAAAAUACAACAACAACAAAAAAAAAACAGGAGACACAUUUGGUUUAUGUGUGUGGUGGGGGUUUAUAAAUAAAGAAGAACAGAGAAGGAAAAAAAAAGAUUGACUACUGCUAGUGCUCCGGACCAGGCUUGAUGAGACUUGAACACGACUGUCAGUUAAUACUGGGAUCAAAUUAAAGGAUGCUUUGAAUGCUGCCAGUGUUUGCCAGAGAACAGAGGACAGAGAGAAAGAAGAAAAAGGGAUUUAGGAAUGAAUGGGAGCCCUUGCUCAGCAUGUGGAGGGAAUAGCUGACUAUUUGGAGUCUCCAAGGGGGGCUUCUCUUCAGUCAAACACACCCAGAGGAGUGGAUGUCACCAGUGUAUCUCCCAGGCCGCUCGGAAGCAGAGCCACCUUGGAAUCCUCUCGGAUGAGAUUAUUGUCAGUGGAGGAGCUCAGCAGCGUGCCUUCAAAGGACCUCUGUUUCAUUGUUAAACAAUACCGCAACAACUGUAGACCUUCCAAUGGAUGCGCCCUUCCAAUGGAGUCUGGAGAAAUUGGCCAGAACAGUCUGGACUGGAAACUUCUCUUUUGAUCUCAUUGGGGAGGCCAGGAACUGUAUCAUAGUGCAGUAGCAUUAGUGCUCACUCAUGAUUUCCCUUGAUGGAUGAUGGCCUGUUGAGUCCUCUUGCAGCUCCUCUUCUUAUCUCUAGACCUCUAUGUGCAGCCCCUGCACUGUCUAUCCUUGGUGCUGCCAUGAACAGGUUAUAACCAUAGGUAAUGAAGAGGUUUAGGUCCAGCCCUGGAGAUGCCGAAGAGAAGAGAUAUCCUGGCCAUCGUGUUGAUAGUGUUACCCUGGACUUUACUGAUCACAGUCUGGCACCAAAACGCCAUUGCCCCGCUGCUAGCAAUCCGAAAGGAUGAUGGAAGUGACGCCCGUCGGGACGCGGGCCAGGGCUCUGACUCGAAGGAGUAUUGCUCCUCGGACAAGGAUAUAGUGGAGGUGGUGCGGACUGAGUAUGUGUACACCAGGCCCCCGCCCUGGUCGGACGUGCUGCCCACCAUCCACGUCAUCACGCCCACGUACAGCCGCCCGGUGCAGAAGGCGGAGCUGACACGGCUGGCCAACACAUUCCUCCAUGUGACCAACCUGCACUGGAUCCUGGUGGAGGAUUCCCAGAGGAGGACAGCGCUUGUGACCCGGCUGCUCCACGAGACGGGCCUCAACUACACGCACUUGAACGUGGAGACGCCCAGGAACUACAAGCUGAGGGGCGACAUGAGGGACCCUCGCAUUCCCCGCGGCACCAUGCAGAGGAACCUGGCCUUGCGUUGGCUACGAGAGACCUGCAACGCCAACCAGUCCCUACCCGCGAUCGUCUACUUUGCAGAUGAUGACAAUACGUACAGCCUGGAGGUGUUUGAGGAGAUGCGGUCGACGCGGAAGGUGUCAGUGUGGCCCGUGGCAUUCGUGGGGGGCUUGCGCUACGAGUCCCCCAAGGUGAACGCUGCUGGGAAGGUCUACGGCUGGAAGACGGUCUUCGACCCCCACCGCCCGUUCGCCAUCGACAUGGCGGGCUUCGCUGUCAACCUCAGACUCAUCCUGUUCAAGCCACAGGCCUACUUCAAGCUGCGUGGCGUCAAGGGGGGCUACCAAGAGAGCAGCCUUCUGAGAGAGCUGGUGACACUCAACGACCUCGAGCCCAAAGCUGCCAAUUGCACUAAGAUACUUGUCUGGCACACCAGAACAGAGAAGCCAGUUUUAGUAAACGAGGGAAAGAAAGGAUUCACAGACCCAAAUAUUGAAAUCUGAAGCUGCGGAUGUCACAGACAAUUGCCUUCCAGAAGAUCGAAGAUUUCUGAACCUGACCCACUCAAUUCGCUGGAAUCUUUUGGCACUGUAUUAAUCUACCUGGAAAUGGGCCCUGCAUUGCAAAAAACAAUACAUUAAAAUAAACUU